CGACGAUGUGAUGUGUUCCAAUGAAUUCCAUAAAAGACAAUGUCAUCACAAAAUGUAUAUCUGAUUAUAAUUUUUGCGUUUUCCUUAAUAGGAAAAGUUGUGGGGUGCAAGAUUGGUUUUUAUGGAGUAAAUUGUACAGCAGUCUGUAAGUAAGAUUUAUUAUACAUUCACGUAACAUUUCUAAACAAAAACAGUUUUAAAUGUGCUUUUUUUUUUGACUGAAUGAAAUAUAAAAAUCCCUUAAAAUAUGCAGUAAUAAUUUAUGUUUCUACUAUAAAAAGCACCAAUAUAAUUGUGUACUUUCGACGAAUUUUUAUGCAUUUUUGUAAAAUAUGUAUACUCUGUUCUGUAUUCAUGAUAAAUCUAAAAGUUUUGCAAAACCAUUUCACUCAUAUACGUAUUUUUAUUAAUAUGAACACAAGUUUGAAUUUAGAUGUAGAUUGUGACGUUGGAUACUAUGGUAAGACGUGCAAUUUAUCAUGUCGAUAUCCUAACUAUGGCAGUCUUUGUCAAAAGAGGUGCGACUGUAGCGAAAUGAAAUGUGACCACGUUUACGGGUGUGGAAACGGGAACGAGAAGCCUCUCAGCGCUGUUAUCAUAGGAAGUUGCACUUCAUCUAUGAUUCUUACGAUGAUUGUUUGCCUAUUAGUUAAGGCAUAUAGAUAUAAACACAAAUCAAAGAGAAAGCGUACAGAAAAAGAUAAUCAACAAUCUUCAUAUAUAACAAGCCAAAGUGACCGUAAUACUUUGAGAACUAGCUAUACAGGUCUUGAAACGUAUGAAAGCAUUGAUGCUGAGGAAUACCAGAAUGCGCCAAAUACUUCAAUGAGAGAGUGUACAGAAAAAGAUAAUCAACAAUCUUCAUAUAUAACAGGCCACAGUGACCGUAAAACUUUUAGAACUAUUUAUACAGGUCUUGAAACGUAUGAAAACAUUGAUGCUGAGGAAUACCAGAAUGUGCCAAAUAUUUUAAUGAGACAGCGUACAGAAAAAGAUAAUCAACAAUCUUCAUAUAAAACAAGCCAAAGUGACCGUAAUACUUCGAGAACUAGUUAUACAGGUCUUGAAAGGUAUGAAAACAUUGGUGCUGAGGAAUACCAGAAUGCGCCAAAUACUUCUUUAUAAGAUAAUUUUUUUCAUUGAUACAUGGAUACUUUAGAAAACAGUGAAAACAAUUCUUCUAAAGUAUG